UCCACGAGAACAGGUCACACUAAAAUCAAAACAGCAAAAAAAUUAGUUUAGGAACGGAUUUAAAAAGUAGUUUUAUUAAUAAAUAACCGUGAGAGUAAAACUUAAAGUGGCGACCAAUUAAAAAUGUGGCAUUAGUAGAUGUUGUUAUAUGACAUUUCCGAGUCCGUGAGCCGUAAAAAGCUUUUCAUUUUAUCCACCUGGCCCCAACUGUGUGACCUGAGCUGUGCCGAGCCCCAAGAAGCUGGUUUUAUAUCCGUGUGCAUACACAUCCGCUUAGCAUAAUGGCCACGAGCUUCUGUUGCACUUAAUAAACUUAAACAAUUAAUCCAAAUACGCUGCAUCGCUGAAAAAAGAGAUAAUGUGAAUCACAGCAUUUAAACCGAACUGUAGUUAUUAGUUUGCAACCCAUUCGAAUAAUACAUUCAUAUUUCCCAAGCGCGACUUCGAAUUGCCAGUUUUAGUGUGUUGGUGUGCGUGUGCCCGCUUGCUUGUGUGUGGCGUUUUGGAAUGUUGCCCUGCACGAAAUUCAAAUAGUGACCAUCCUUGAGUCGAGCUUUGCUUCGCUUUGCAUAAAAGAUCGCGAUGGACGCGCACACGCUAAACGACCUGUUGGAGUGUUCCGUCUGCCUGGAGCGGCUGGACACCACCUCGAAAGUGCUUCCCUGCCAGCACACCUUCUGUCGCAAAUGCUUGCAGGACAUUGUGGCCAGCCAGCACAAGCUGCGCUGCCCGGAAUGCCGCAUUCUGGUCUCGGUGAGAAUUGACGAGCUUCCACCGAACGUAUUGCUGAUGCGAAUAUUGGAAGGCAUGAAACAGUCCGCCGCCCCAGGUAAAGGCGACAGCAAGACUGAGCAGUCUGAGACGCAGCCGGAGAAGCUGAAAUCGCAGACAUCACCGGAGUCGAAGGCUACGCCAGGCAGUCAUAUCCAGAUAAAGCCGCCAUCUCAGCAGCAGACACAAUCUCACCAGCAACAACAGCCGGCACGCCAGAAGCAGCGCCGCUUCCUACUCCCCCAUGCCUAUGCUCUCUUCGAUUUCGCCUCCAGUGAAGCCAGCGACCUUAAGUUCAAAAAGGGGGAUUUGAUACUGCUCAAGCAUCGCAUUGACAACAAUUGGUUCGUGGGCCAGGCCAACGGCCAGGAGGGCACCUUCCCCAUCAACUACGUUAAGGUGGCGGUGCCGUUGCCCAUGCCGCAAUGCAUCGCUAUGUACGACUUUAAAAUGGGGCCCAACGACGAGGAGGGAUGCCUCGAAUUCAAAAAGAGCACGGUGAUCCAUGUUCUGCGGCGUGUUGAUCACAAUUGGGCUGAAGGACGCAUAGGACAGACUAUAGGAAUAUUUCCGAUAGCAUUUGUCGAGCUAAACGCAGCGGCCAAGAAGCUCCUAGAAAGCGGAGUGGUAAACCAUCAACCGUGUCAUCCGCCGCAACAACAGGGUCAGCGUGCGCUUCCUCCGGUUCCCCUGAUCGAUCCCACAGUCGUUACGGAGUCCAGUUCGGGUUCCUCGAACACCAACAGCACGCCGGCCAGCAGUAACUCCAGCUCCACUUCCAGCUCAAACAAUUGCAGCCCAAAUCAUCAAGCAUCGCUGCCGAACACGCCCCAGCAUAUGGUGGCCUCUGGAUCAGGAUCGGUUCGCUUCCGCGACAAGGGAGCCAAGGAAAAGCGGCACUCGCUGAAUGCCUUGCUCGGAGGAGGAGCUCCUUUAAGUCUGCUGCAGACUAAUCGCCAUUCGGCUGAAAUCCUCAGCCUGCCGCACGAGCUUAGUCGUCAAGAGGUGGCUUCUAAGCCCACUACCGCCUCGCAGUCGUCGCGUGUGCUCAAGACUAAUGUCCAGCAGCAAAUGCCGCCCACUCUUCCGUGGGGCUACUUGGCCCUCUUUCCUUAUAAGCCGCGGCAAGCAGACGAGCUGGAACUGAAGAAGGGAUGCGUUUACAUUGUGACCGAGCGGUGUGUUGACGGUUGGUUUAAGGGCAAGAACUGGCUGGAUAUUACCGGGGUAUUCCCGGGCAACUACCUGACGCCAUUGCGCACUCGCGACCAGCAGCAGCUAAUGCACCAGUGGAAAUAUAUUCCUCAGAGCACGGAUGCCCAGCAGGUACACCCACAGCAGCAACCGGUCGCCCAAGAUGUGCGGCUUAAUAACAUGCUGCCCAUGCAGCCACCGGAUUUACCGCCGCGUCAGCAGCAGGCUAACGCCACAAACACGAGCUGCUCAUCCGUCUGGACAAAACCAGUGGAGGCACUCUUCAACAGAAAGUGUGAACCUAAACAGGAAGUUGCAGCCGCCACCGGUUCGAGCACCAGUUCCUCCGGGGCAGUGGGCCUUAUGAGACGUCUAACGCAUAUGAAAACCCGUUCCAAAUCACCAGGAGUAUCGCUGCAGCAAGCACCGAAGGAAGCCAGUAGUUCUAGCGUUGAAAAUACAAUUAAGCCUACAGCAAAACUACAUCCAGUGCACGUGAGGUCCGGCUCGUGUCCCAGUCAGUUACAGCACAGUCAGCCGCUUAAUGAAUCCUCCACAGUGACAGCAGCUGCACCGUCUGCAGGACAACAGCAAUCAUUUAUGCCCAAGCAGCUGCCAGCACCCACCUGCAGCACUGUUUCGUACGGAUCCCAGCGCAUCAAGAGUAACAAGGAGCGUCCACAGUUAAUUUGCGCAAGGCAAUCCCUUGAUGCAGCCACCCUUCGAAGCAUGUACACCAAUGCGGCGUCGCCGCCACCCAUAUCAUCCGCCCCUUCCGUGACCCCAACCAUCUACUCGGCAGGCGGACAGCAGCAGACACUGACUGUAGGAGCAGGAGGUCAGUCGCAGUUGCAUGCCAAUAUGAUAAUUGCACCCAGCCAUCGGAAGUCGCAUAGUCUGGAUGCGGGCCAUGUGCUGUGUCCCAACAGCAGUGUGAUCACUGAGGCAGCCAUCAAGGCCAGUGCCACCACCAAGUCAGCGUACUGCACGAGGGAAAGUCGCUUCCGAUGCAUUGUGCCGUAUCCACCAAACAGCGACAUCGAACUGGAGUUGCACGUAGGCGACAUAAUCUACGUUCAGCGCAAACAGAAGAACGGUUGGUACAAGGGCACGCAUGCGCGCACCCAUAAAACCGGACUCUUUCCCGCCUCCUUUGUCGAACCGGAUCCAUAGGCUGCCUUUCCGCAGGACAAAAAAGAAUUUAUUAUGCGAAAUUCCAAAUUAUUUGUCAAAAUUGAUUCAAAUCGCUGGUCGAUUCGGGCUUCCAAUUCGCAAUCUAUCCUAAUGUUCUUUUUCAAAAAGAAUUAAUUUCGUAUUUUCUGUUUCCAAAUGCGCACUUCGCCUAUGUACUUUUUACGCGAUCCUUAAUCAAAAUAAGCUAGUUUUUAACGUAAGUCUUAAGCCCAGGUUACUUAACACUAGCGACUAGUUGGCUAGGAAGGAAAAAAUUAUGAAGAAGGAACACUAACAAUCUAACAGAUUCUCGUUGCCCUUAGUACGAAGGGUUAUUUGUAACAUAACAUUUUCAGCAAUAAACAUUUUGUACACACGC